CGCUCUCCUGUGGCCGCAACAGGAAGGAGGCGGAGACCCCGGAACCACGGCAGAAGCGGGAGGGGAGGCGCCCAUGCAGCCGGCCGAGGGCGCCUUCGGGCUGCGACAGAAAGGAGGCUGUGGUUGUUGCUGCUCCUGAGGGGGCGAGCGGGUUGCGAGGGAAGUGAUGCUAGCCUCGCGCCUUUGAACGCUUGAAGCACAGGAUGCGGCCAAAGAGGGCUCGCGCCGGCUGGGUGUCUCUUCCUGGGAGCGCUCGCGCUCGCUCUGAGGGGAAAGGGCUCCCUCGCGGCUGAGGCCUUCCCGCCUUCCUUUUCUCCGCCCCGUCUCCUCGCUUCCUCUCAGGAGGAAGAGGAAAAAGGGAAGAAGCCCCGUCCGUCCGUCCUUCCUUCCGUCCUCCUUUUCCUUCGGUGGAAGAUGGCGUGGGUGCUGAAGAUGGACGAAGUGAUCGAGUCCGGCCUGGCGCACGACUUCGACGCCAGCCUCUCCGGCAUCGGGCAAGAGCUGGGCGCCGGCGCCUACAGCAUGAGCGAUGUUCUGGCCCUGCCCAUUUUCAAGCAAGAAGACUCUGACCUUCCAUCUGACAAUGAGACAAAACAUCCACCAUUUCAAUAUGUGAUGUGUACUGCAACAUCUCCAGCAGUCAAAUUGCACGAUGAAACCCUUACUUACUUAAACCAAGGUCAGUCCUACGAAAUACGGUUAUUAGAUAAUCGGAAAAUGGGAGACCUGCCAGAGAUCAGUGGGAAACUUGUAAAGAGUAUCAUAAGAGUUGUGUUCCAUGACAGAAGGUUGCAAUACACUGAACAUCAGCAAUUAGAAGGUUGGAAGUGGAAUCGUCCUGGAGACAGAUUACUGGAUUUAGAUAUUCCUAUGUCUGUUGGAGUAAUUGAUAUAAAAACAAAUUCAAGCCAACUCAAUGCAGUUGAAUUUCUGUGGGAUCCUGGAAAACGCACAUCUGCCUUUAUUCAGGUACAUUGUAUCAGCACUGAAUUUACACCUCGAAAACAUGGAGGUGAGAAAGGGGUUCCUUUUAGAAUUCAGGUUGACACUUUUAAGCAAGCAGAAAAUGGAGAAUACACUGAUCAUUUGCAUUCAGCCAGCUGCCAGAUCAAAGUUUUUAAGCCAAAGGGGGCGGACAGAAAACAGAAAACCGACAGAGAAAAGAUGGAGAAGCGAACUCCCCAUGAGAAAGAAAAGUAUCAGCCAUCAUAUGACACUACAAUUCUCACAGAGAUGAGGCUUGAGCCUAUAUUUGAAGAUGCAGUUGAACAUGAGCAGAAAAAGUCCAGCAAGCGGACUUUGCCAGCAGACUGCGGUGAUUCUCUGGCAAAGCGAGGCAGUUGUUCGCCGUGGCCUGAUACACCUAGUGCGUUUGUGAACAGUAGUCCUUCCCCAACUCCAGCUUUUACCUCUACUCCACAUACUACAUACAGUGUCCCAGACAGUAAUUCAUCAUCUCCAAAUCACCAAGGAGAUGGAAUUCCCCAAGUCUCUGGAGAGCAACUUCACCCAGCAGCCACGAUCCAAGAAACCCAAAAAUGGUUGGUUAAGCAUAGGUUUUCCUCUUACACAAGACUGUUUUCAAAUUUCUCGGGUGCUGAUUUAUUGAAGCUGACAAAAGAAGACUUGGUACAAAUCUGUGGUCUCGCUGAUGGGAUUCGGCUUUACAAUGCACUUAAAUCAAGGUCUGUAAGGCCUCGCUUAACAAUAUACGUGUGCCAGGAGCAGCUGGGAAAUGUGCAGCUUGAACAGCCACAAGACUCAGGCAGCGGAGAAAGCAGAAAUGGUGCAAUAUUUGUUUAUCAUGCAAUCUAUUUGGAAGAAAUGGCUGCCUCGGAAGUCACUCACAAGCUUGCUCUAGCAUUCAAUAUUCCUUUACAUCAGAUUAACCAAGUUUACAGACAGGGCCCUACUGGUAUUCAUAUUCUGGUCAGCGAUCAGAUGGUCCAAAACUUUGAAGACGAGAGCUGCUUUUUAGUUACCACAAUAAAAGCUGAAAAUGGAGAAGGCUUCCAUAUAAUUUUGAAAUGAUGCCUUGCUGCAUGUAUGAUGGACUGACCCUCCAGUAUAGAAUGAAGUCAGUCAAGAGUGACAGAUACCAUCAUGUCUCUUCGGGGAUCUGACUUCACCAUAUAAAAUGUUUCAUAUUGAAAACACAAGAUGACCUUUCUAAUGAGCUGUUUAAUACAUGAACUUCUCACUGCCAUAGCCAAAUGUCCUCAUAAGUGGUAUAGAUGCCGUAACAGCAUAUUUACAGGCAUGGGAAAAGCAAACAUGUUUGCUGUUUUUUGAGAUACAUAUGGCAAGCUAUGGCCAGUAGAUGCAGUUUCAAGAAGCAGCACUGCUUUCCUAUUACACUGUAUCCAGUUUGAAUGUAAACCUAUUCUGGGCAUUUACCUUUCUGUGCCAGUCUGUCUCUUACUUGCUUGUACCUUUAUGCUGAUUUUAUUUUUUGAUGUUAGCAGAGCACAUUGUAAUUUGUGUGGAGAUGCAUAGCAAAGAAGAUAGUGAUCAGGUUUGGGAUCUGGAGAGUAAAGCUGUCAAAAUAGCAUCCUUUGUAUAAAUUGUGUAUAAGUGUGAAUGUAAGACGUAUACAUGUCAGAGUUGGACUUCUUAUUAAAGUCGUAGCCAGACAAAAAAUUAAGCAUGCAGCAGAAUGCAUUACAAUCAACCCCUUAUUUGAGGGGACUGGAAUAAAUCCUGUGAGGUGCAAUGAUUUGCUUGCAACAGAAAAAAAAAUCUGCCUAUGCAUCAUGUUUCCUUGGUGAAGCACUCCUGCAAUUCAGUAUAGUUUUUAAUUACACUCCUCAUGGAGAAAAAGGGAAUGUCACUGUCACCAAGGGACAAUUCUGCAAAAGUAAGCAGAAACCUGUAAAAUCAAUUAAGCAGUAAAUCUGAUUGUUUUUUCUUUGGGGUGCAGAUUAUAGUUUUCCCAUUUGUGAACUGUCUUUUCCUUUCGUUUCCCUCUCUCUGUUGAAUGGAAAGAACAUAAUUACAGUGCCUCUUCUGUAAUAAAAUACUUGACUAGUAGUUGCACAAUGUAAUGACUGGAUUGCAAGAAAAAGUCCUUAAAUAGUACCUAUCAGUGAUACACAUUUGUGCUGGAUUAUGUAUUAAGACAGUUAUUCAAGAGGGAAGGUUUUUCUACCUUCCAAAUAUAUGGACUUGCCCAUUUCUUGAACAGCUGAAGCCUUCAGUCAUAAAACACUGAGAGGGAAAAGCAACAAAUGUUAAACAUUUUUAAUUGAUUUCCUUUUUAAAUUAUGCUUGGACGAAGUGCUUGAAGGUCUAAUUAUUCUAAGAAAACCGUUUAAUUACAUAUAUUAGGGUAAAUAAUUCAUCCCCUCCCUUGUGUAGACUAUUCUGCACAGAUGGGAAGGGAGAAUGGAGUUUGUAAGCUUAAACAAUUUGGGGUUGUUACUGAUGAUAAAUUAUUUUUGGUUGUAUUUGGGUAUCAUCAGUUCACUUGAUAUGUCAUCUCAGCAUCAUCUUACAAAGUUGUGAAACAUUUUGGCGCUAUUCAAAAAUGUCACUAAAUACUGUACAGUAGUUUGGUUCACUUGGAUUUAAUUAAUGGCACCAGCAAAUUCUUUUGUUUUUAAAUAAGAUAUAUACAUUUCAAUUUCAGUAAAAACAUUUUCAAUAA